CUGCCCGCCGAAUGGGGCGGGUCGUGGCCAUAACUUGUCUCGCGGUUAUUGGCACCGCGCGAGCGCGCGAGGCUCGGGGGCGGUGCGGGGCGGUGCCUAAUUCUAGUUUCUGCCGAGCGUCACUGAGCUCGGGGAGUUGGGGUCGUCUAAGGUGAGGUGGUCGCUCUGGAUGUGCCUGUGGCUUUGGCCCCCAGUGUUGUGAGAGGCCUGCGGCGGAGUCGUUAAGGGGGCGCGGCGUCACCUGAUCCCUCCCCUUCUCUGCUGCUGUCAUGGCGAAAGCCAAAGUCGAGGAGCCACCACAGCAGGGGGCACCCGGUACGACCCCAGCGAUGGACAGGACAACGGAUACCCGAGGUCCUACGGUGCCAGACAGCGGAGAGCACUUGAAGGAAAAAGCCUAUCCAGAAGCUGGGUCAGCAAGAAUGUCACUUCUUAUAUUGGUGUCCAUUUUCUUAUCUGCAGCUUUUGUUAUGUUUUUGGUAUAUAAAAAUUUUCCUCAGCUUAGUGAAGAAGAAAGAGUGAAUAUGAAGGUUCCCAGAGAUAUGGACGAUGCCAAGGCUCUAGGAAAAGUUUUAUCCAAAUAUAAGGACACCUUUUAUGUAGAAGUACUCUUAGCUUAUUUUGCUACAUAUAUUUUCUUGCAAACAUUUGCUAUUCCGGGCUCCAUAUUUCUCAGCAUUCUCUCAGGGUUUCUUUAUCCCUUUCCACUAGCCUUAUUUCUUGUCUGUUUGUGUUCUGGACUUGGUGCCUCAUUCUGCUACAUGCUCUCCUAUUUAGUUGGGAGGCCAGUUGUAUACAAAUACUUAACAGAGAAAGCAGUAAAAUGGUCACAACAGGUUGAACGUCAUAGAGAACAUCUCAUUAACUACAUUAUAUUUUUGAGGAUAACACCAUUUCUGCCUAAUUGGUUUAUUAAUAUUACAUCUCCUGUUAUAAAUGUGCCACUGAAAGUUUUUUUUAUUGGCACUUUUCUAGGUGUUGCACCUCCUUCUUUUGUAGCAAUUAAGGCAGGAACAACACUCUACCAGCUUACAACAGCAGGGGAAGCUGUUUCCUGGAACUCAGUAUUUGUCCUAAUGAUUUUGGCUCUUCUUUCUAUUCUGCCAGCCAUCUUCCAGAAAAAGCUAAAGCAGAAAUUUGAGUGAAAAAUCAUCUGGAUUUUAGUUUUCCUCUAAAUAACAUCACCAUUAUCAUCUCAGGAUUGGCAGUUUUAUGUGUUAAAAUCACCUCUUCAGUAAUUGAAACAAGGAAUUUGUAAAACAAAAUUACCUACCAGACAGUUAAAAUAAUGCAUUUAAGUGACAAGAGAGAGAAGAAAGUAAAAAUGGAAAUUGAUAUACUGUGGAAAGUACUGUGAAAGUACUAUCAGUAGUUAUGAUAAAUGUCUUUUAAAUACUAUUCCAAAGGUAGCUGUAGAUAAUUAGUGGCAACAUAGCAGGAAAUUCUUGACCUAAGCUGAUUCAUUUAAUGUAUUUCAUGAACUGGCUAUACCUACUUAGCCUGGACUUGUAAAUUUGAUAUUUUUUUGUUUAACCCUUACUAAAAACUAAAGUAGAUAUAUGAAAGUAAAAGACUCUAGAUUUUUUUAAAAAUAGCAUUGCAGUCCUGGCUAAUGUUAGCCUUUUUUCAUAGCAUAAACUUGAAAACAAAAGCUCAGACGAGAUUACACCUUCCUCUUUUUACCUUAGAGGUAGUGGAUUUGUUUAAAAGUUACAACUUAGUUGGCAUUGAAUUUGGAAAGGAUGUAAGUUAUAUCUGUUUCUGUAUUUUAUUUGUUUUUUUUUCCAUUCUGAAUUAGCAUGGAUUUGUCUGAAAUUUAAAAUUCUGACCAGUCUAUUUUCAUCUUUUUUCUAGUUUUUGCAAUAGUUCUGUGCAUAUACGAAAUGGCAAUUACAAGAUAUUUGGUGUUGAUAAUUUAUAUUCAGAUAAUAUUUUGUUACACAUUUCCCCUUUACUAUCUCAAAAGGGGAUCAAGAAAGUAAAAUUCAAAGUAUGCUGUUGUUAGAUGUUAGAUUAUAUUAUAUUUUGAAACAGAAGCAUAACACUUUUGGUGGGUAAAGUUUAUUUGUUUCAAUGACUUUAAAAUUUACCUCACUUAUUUGUUUGGUCAUUAAAGUAUGUACUAUGUAAUUAUUCUUUAUAUGCAUGAUACUCUUAUAAGAACUCCUUGUUUCAUUUCUGUUGAUGGCUUUUUUGUUUGAGGCUGCUUUUGAUUAACACAGUUUCUCAGUUUAGUGUUUUUAUAACACUAAGUUAAAUUAACUUUUCACAUGGUAACUACUAUAUUUAAAUAGUCCUGGAGAAAAUAGACAGCUUUGCUACUUGCUUAAUGGUACACUCUUCCUUGAUUUUAGGACAUAGCUGAUCUAAAGUAAAAUACUCUGUCAGUUUUGUUUUCACCCAAGACUGUUAUGUUGAAAAGUACUUCAGCUGUGGGAAAAAUCCUUGUAUGUUUUUAUUGUGGAGGUAUGAUCAUCCUCAAAGCCUGUUUCUACUGCAUAAUGUGGACUGAUUCAUUAUUUUUUCUAUCACAGUAUUAACAAAUGGAUUUAUUGUAAAUACAAAGGAAAUAUAUUGAUUAAUACACUAUUCUUAUGUCAUCUGGUCUUUUGCGUGAAAUUAUUUAUUGUUAUUUGUAAUAAGGUUUUCUUCCUUUCUCAUUGACCAUUGAAUGAUAAAGCUUUUGUUACUUUUACACAUGAACUUAAGAUACAGCCUUUUGGACAACGUUCAUUAAAUAUUGCUGUUUAAAAUGUAACUGAGUACAUUUUUAUCAGACUUUUAAAAAUAAAGAUGAGAGCUGGGACUCGGGAGAAGCCUUACUGUUUACUCCAGUGUGUAUGUAUUCUUUUCCUAUCCUUGUCGUUGAUUCUUUCUCUUAGUUCAUUUUUUUUCCCCUCUGUUAGAAAAUUGUAUCUGCCACUUAAGGUAGAAAAUUGUAUCUGCCACUUAAUGUAGGGUAUGGUUUUUUUUACUCAAGAAUAUAUCCAGUGUUUCCAGAUCCCUCAUCAUUGACUGUUCAGAAAGAACCUUUCACCAAUCUAUACUUGAAUUGUAGUUGGUUUCUUAUAUUCACAGAUUCACAGACUUAGCCUAAUGCAAGAUGUAAACUCAAGCUUCAGCCACAUCUUGAAGACAGUUUGACAGUAAGAACCACAGGAAAGCAAGUAUGUGUAGUGGGGAGAAAAGCAGGCUCACUCUAAGUAAGAUUGUUCCCUUUUUAGUUAAUGGGCUCUUUGUGGUGCUGUAUUACAUUCAGUGUAAUAUUUCUAAGGCACUUAAUAAAUGCAAUCUAAAAUGUAAUAAGAAUAAAUUGUACUGAAAAACUUAAAUGUACUACUUG